AUGGCGGAGGGGAGUCGGUUCCUGGGCAAUUCUCUUCCAAAAAUAGACAGUAUUCCCAAUUUACGCAUGUUAUGCAAGCGCCCAACAUCAGCAGCUAAUAUAUCGACACACGUAGCUGAUGCAGUCCUCUACCGGUCGUCCAAACCCGAUCGUAUUACUUUAACAGACCUGGAUGAGUUCCGUAAGUUAGGUAUAAAGUGCAUCAUAGACUUCAGAUCGCCAAAAGAGUACUUGGCUUCCGAUGGACAUCGCAUUUUGGAUGCCGAAUAUAUUCUCUAUAAAGUUAUUCUUCCAAAGGACAAGUAUAAACCCGGAGAGCGUGUCCAGUACGAUCGGGUUGCUGUAAAACAAAGUCAGCAAACAGAAUCUACUCAAGGCAAUGGCAAAGUUCUAUCUGAAAACAGUGGAGGAACACCAGAGAAAAAACAUUUUUUAAUCAACUUCUUUUCCUACAAGUACGUCAGAGCCCUGUUUAAGAGACUGCCCUGGCACCUUUGGUGUCUAGGACUUCUGCAUCUUGUCUGGGACAUGCUUCUGUGGAAUGAAUUGAAAACGUUUCGUAAAUUUAUGGCAACAAAAGCUGUCAGUGUUGGAGGAAUAUUUGGGCAGUAUGUUGAUUUAAUUGAGGUCAGCCAGCCAGCAUUAUGUGCAGCUCUAAAGCUGAUCUCAGAUGCAGAUAACUUACCAGCCCUGAUUAACUGCGCCUAUGGGAAAGAUAGAACUGGGAUCAUUAGUGCUCUAGUCCUGUCUUGCCUAGGAAUGCCCAAGGAUGAAGUGGCCAAAGAAUAUGCAAUGUCUACGGAAGGGCUUAAUCCCAUCCGACACCUGAUGUACCGAGACAUUGUAGAGAAGCAUCACCUGACUGAAGAGUUUUGCACAUCAGAUCCGACAACAAUGAGAGAUCUAUUGACAUAUAUUGAGGACAGAUACACGUCUGUAGAACAAUACCUGGUCUCCAUUGGGUUUACCAGAGAGGAGCAGCAGAAGCUGAAGAUAAACCUGGAGCUAUGA